AUGCGGGCUCUGUUUCUUCCGUCAGUGCUACUUUGGUGCCCCAGAAGCCGCUUCUCUUCAUGGAUGGUCCGAACGCAGGCUCCGAAUCUCUCUGGAGAGUCUCGGACCCGCAGAACCACCCGUCAGCAUCCCCCACAGCACGCCCAGUCUCGAACGGAGUCGCCGCCAGGAACAAUCAAGACGGUGCUCCAGCCCCCAGCACAAAUUGUACACCAGUUGCGGAUCUCGGAGUUGGCUUCGGCGAUCUUCCAGACUACAUCAAAGUUCCGAUCUGUGUUCCCCGAAGGGUAG